AAAAAAAGGUCAUACUUCAAAACUUUGCCAAAGGCCAUAUUUAUUUUGCCCUGAAACGGGUGAAGGUCAGCAGAUAAACACCAGAUCAAAGUACCCUACAGUGGUUUUAUUUUUCUUUUGCUCUGCUGAAGUUAAUUGUUGUGUAAGAACUUAAAAAGGCCAAAGGCACAAGCCAGAUCGCACAUGUGUCUACGUCAGAGGCAACACCCCCGGCAGGCCGUCUGACGUAAACCACAGAAGCUCCAUCUCUGCCCCCCCUGCCCCCGAGAGCUUCACUGACAGCUGAUGCGAGCCGGCCGGCCGGGAGGCGACACCGAGGCAGAGCAGCCGAGCGCUGGGAUCAUUUCACUUUCUCUUUGAUUUAGCGCGGGUUUUCGGAGGGUAGUUGUUAUACCAUGGUGGUAAACUAAGAAGAAUAAGAAGACACAAGAAAAAGAUGGCACAGAAAGACACGCUGCUUCAUCUCUUUGCCGGGGGAUGUAGUGGAACGGUGGGAGCCAUCGUGACCUGCCCACUGGAGGUGCUGAAGACUCGCCUGCAGUCGUCUGGCUUCACCCUCAGGCCCGUCUUCCAGGUUCAGCUUGGCGGCCUAAGUGGCGCCGGGGUUAUUCGACCAGGGACUGUCACACCUGGGCUGCUGCAGGUCCUACGAUCAAUUCUUGAAAAAGAGGGACCAAGAUCGCUUUUCCGUGGACUGGGGCCAAACCUCGUGGGUGUUGCCCCAUCAAGGGCCAUUUACUUUGCGGCGUACUCCAGGUCUAAAGAGAUGUUCAAUGGGCUGUUUGUCCCCAACAGCGGGCCGGUGCACAUGUCAUCAGCUGGUGUUGCAGCUUUUGUCACCAAUUCUCUGAUGAACCCCAUCUGGAUGGUGAAGACAAGGAUGCAGCUCGAAAAAAAAGCCAGAGGAGAGAAGAAGAUGAAUGCACUGCAGUGUGCUCGCUAUGUUUACAAAACGGAGGGAAUCAGGGGCUUCUACCGGGGCCUGACGGCGUCCUACGCUGGCAUCUCAGAGACCAUGAUCUGCUUCCUCAUCUACGAGACACUGAAGAAACACCUGGCCAAGAACCAGUUCACCUCUCCCAACGGUGAAAAGGACAAAGGAGCGUCGGACUUCCUGAGCCUGAUGAUGGCAGCUGCUUUUUCAAAGGGCUGUGCGUCCUGCAUAGCCUACCCUCACGAGGUCAUUCGGACACGGCUGCGUGAGGAAGGCAGCAAGUACAAGUACUUCUUCCAGACAGGGAGGCUAAUAGCGGUGGAGGAAGGCUACGCAGCUUUUUACAGAGGACUCAUUCCACAGCUGAUCAGACAGAUCCCCAACACAGCCAUCGUCCUCUCCACAUAUGAACUCAUUGUCCACCUGCUGGGGGAGUCCAAGUGAAAGCAUGUUUGAAGCUGGGACUUUCCUCUGGAAGGAUGGAUAUAAAAAAUGGGGAAAGAGACUUUUGAAACUGCAGCACAUGGUUUUCUUUCCUUUUCAUGCAGUGCUGCACAGACUGUUGAGAUGAAGCUGUAGCAGCUAGCACUGUUCUCCAAAGAGCUAUACAUAUUAUUUUAUUUGAAGACCUCUUAAAAGUUGAUCAGAAAUAAGGCGAGAUAUCAGAGUACUUGUUGAGACGCCGAACCUGUGGAAAAGGUCACCUUUUGUAAAGAAUAGUUUUAGUUAACUAAGUUAUUUUAUUUUUGUUGUUUUCUGAAGGUGUUUGUUUUCUUUUUAUCGUUGUACAGCAACAGCUGGCCGGGAAGGUCGACUCAGUUAGAAAAGGGAACUCAACCUGAAGUUAGAGUUUUUGCUCUGCUCUUCGUGUGGUAAUGAAAACAAAGGCUGCUUUUAGUUUUUCGUUCAAUCUGUUAGAUUUGAAUUUGGAGCCACAGAAAGAUUUAUCAUAUGUUGUUUUUCAUAAUUAUACAUAUCUUCAAGCUUUUCUGUUUAUGUCCUUUUUGGAAGACGUUCACAUUUUACAAUACAAACGCCUGGAUGCUUAUUUGGCCAUUGGCUCAAUAAAAGGCACACAAAUUACAUCAGUCAAAACUGAACUGAUUAAUUUCAAACUGCCUUUAAUAUUUAGUUAGGACAAUGCAGGUUUUCUACUCAAAUUCUGAGUGAAGUGAAAUGGACCUUGUCGCAGCUAGCUAGAUCACCACACAUGACUGAACAUUCAUUUCAGUACAAUGCAAGUCUGAAGUAAUAAUAUCCCAGCCCCCAGUGAAUUAGUUUCCUUCAUUUUAAGAUAUAUAUAAAGAUUUUUAUUUAAGAGUCUGACUAUAAUUUAAGGUAACUUUAAUAAGUUAAUUUUAGAUUUGAUCAAAUACUGCUCUUUCUGCCAGUAACACUUAAUUAUCUGUGAGAAUAUUGCACUUUUUUAUCCGUCACGAGGGUGGAACGGACUGUUUUCCUCUGUGUCCUUGGGAAACUGGUCAAUGUCAGUUAGUCCGGUAAGGAAAUAAAAGACCCUGAAUAAACAAACACAUGCUAGACAGA